CCCCUCCGUGCAGCCAUGAUGCACACACGCUACAUAGUUUCCAUCCUUCUGUUGGUCACCAUCACUGAGGCCACAGAAAGCAGCAUAGUAGGGGGUCAGGUUGCAAAGGCCCACUCCAGACCCUACAUGGCAUCACUCCAGUUUCAAGGACACCAUUCAUGUGGUGGAGUACUGAUUCGGAAGGACUUUGUUCUAACUGCAGCCCACUGCAAACACCUUGAUGCAGGUGCGAUGACAGUGGUUCUUGGAGCGCAUGACAUAACCAAGAAAGAAAAAACUCAGCAGCUGUUCCAAGUGGCAACAUACUUUCAGCACCCAAAUUUCACUGGAGGAUUUGACUAUGACAUAAUGUUACUUAAGCUGAAAACCACCGCUAAACUGGAGAAGUACGUCAAGCCCAUUGGACUACCAAAAAAAGAUGGGAACACCCCUGCCACCAUUAAAUGUGCCGUUGCUGGCUGGGGCAGAACUGGACCCAAAAAACCCACUUCAAAUGUUCUGAAGGAGACCACAGAGAAGACGCAAUUCAACUCAGAGUGCCAAAAGAUUUGGAGAAAAAAUUUCAACUCUCUGCGUAUGGUUUGCACCAACUUCGACAAGAAGAAAGGAGGAAUAUGUGAGGGGGAUUCUGGUGGACCACUUAUCUGCAACACCAAGCUUCAAGGCAUAACUGCCUACACAGCUAAAGAUGAAUGCGAUAAUCCAAAAUAUCCCCAUGUUUUCACUAAAGUCAGUUUCUAUCUUCCCUGGAUCAAGACCGUGCUGCAGAAAUACGGCAAUGCCACAUGAGGAUUUCUUCCUCUAGCUGAAGUAACCUUAAAAUUACCUUCAU